AUGGUCGAGAUGUCCUUUUAUCUCUUCCCCAGGUUGCCGACAGAGCUGCGACUUGAGAUAUGGCGCCUAUGCCUCCCAUGUCGCGUAUGGGAGACGGAUUUGCCGACCGAUGAAGGCAUAUACUCCGAUGAGCCUGAUGCUGAUGGGUCCUAUCCCUGCAAAGUCUUCUCCACAGCGAAACUGAAUGGCCUGCCACCCGUUAUCACCCGCGUCUGCCAGGAGGCACGAUACGUCGCCGAAGAAUCAGGCGGUAUCCCUACAACAGAUACCUACAGGGAUAUACCGUGCGAGGCUACUUUUGUCUCUACCACAACUGGCGAUAUUGCCGAUGAAUUUUGGGUGGACACCAAGCGAGAUUCUGCGCAUCUUAAUUGGACACCUCGUUACGAAGCAAUUUAUCAAAACAGCUCUGGUAGUGCAUUGGCCUCUAUUGCGUGGUGUAGUCGCCUGGUAGUCGGUCAUCCCUCAAUUAUGGCCGACUGGGUUUCCUCGAUUUGGAGCGAAGAAGAAGAGACCUUCGAUUUUUUUGAACAGAUACCCUGCUUGUGGGUUAUCAUGCGUGUUGUUAUCAUUCAUGCAAGCUUCCGAGAAGCCGCACAGACUGGUUUCUUUGGGCUGCUAGGCGACGCGUCCGUGCAAAUUGUCUCCUUAAUUGAUGAAGAGAAAGCCAAUGCAAUGUACGACUUUGCCGACAAAUGCGAUCGCAAGGUUUCCUCUGGUGAGGGGAUUCCCAGAGAUUCCUUGGAAUCCUUAGAGCAGGCGUUGAAAGACAGUCUGAUGAGCAAUAGGAAAUACAUAUCCCAAAAUGUAUCGUUGAAGAUGCAUCCAGCUAUCAUGUUCCGCCUUUGCACAUCGAAGUGCAAUAGCCGCAACGAAGGUUUAUCGUCUCAAUAG